AUGAAAUAGCUUUCACUUUUGAUAUUUGAAUAUUUGAAGACCAAGUUUCAGCAUGUCGCCACAAAGCAAGUGAAAUAUAAGUAUCAUCUAGAAAUGGAAUAGGGAGAGUGUAUGAAUAUCAUGAGCAAUAAAGGAAACAAGGUUAAGAGCACUUACAUUAAUUUUUCAGUAUUAAACCUGUUUUUCAAAUAAUUUGAACGGAUCGGAGUAGUAAUUUAUUUUAUUGUGAUGAUUCUCCAUUUUUCUGUAUUUGGAGCAACUAGUGAAGAACUUGUAGUGUAUGUAGUGCCUCUAACAAUGCAUUUGGUGCUAUAAAUAUCCAAAGCUCUUUACUUUGAUCAUAUCAAGAGAAAGGAGGACUUUGUUGUCAAUGGUCGAAAGGUGACUCGUUUUCGUAGACUAAGAAGAGACAAACCCAAAUAAUUGAUCACUCAGUAGUAACAACAAUAAUAAUCAUCUUUCAAAAAGCCUAAGACAUCGUUAUAUGAGAAUUGUUCAUGGGAUUAAGUGGAAUUGGGUGAUAUCAUCUAUUUAAAACGAAAUGAAAUUUGCCCGGCUGACAUGUUGUUGUUGGAUGUGUCAGAUGAAAUUCUUUAAGUAUAAACUUAAAAUUUCAGAGGUCAAACUAUGGAUCAGACCAGGUAACCAACACAAUUGACAAUGUUAAAGAAUGGGCGAAACAGAUUGCAAGGGUUUGAUUACAAGAAGCUAUUAACAGGUAGCAUUCAGUACAACAUUCAAGAUGGUUAGAUAUUCGGAUUUAUUAAAUUGAAAAAGGAUCCCAAGGGGGAGCAAUUCGAGAAUAGAAAUAUCAUAUUUAGAGAAGAGUAAUUGAAGACAUGCUAAUAUGUGAUUGGAGUGGUAUUGCAGACUGGCAAUAAUUGUUUUUGUUACUUGAACAUGGAGAAGUAGGAAAAGAAAUCGUUUUUUGUUAAGAAAUCCAGUAUGUUUUUUGCACUCACUCUUGGGAUAUCGUUGAUCAUAUCAAUUUUCAGUUGGUUUCUCGCUUCGUUUGCAGCAUGUUUACCAUACAAUCAAGCUGAUUUUGAUAUCAUCACUCUAGUUUUCUAUUUGCUUCAGUAUUUGAAGACAACUCCAAUAUACUUUUACAAUUGCAUUGAUUUAAUUGAAGUAUUAAAUGCACACCUCAAGUUUACAAAAUACAAGGGAUUCCAGAGUACCAGCAUUGAUUAUAUGCAAUUAAAUCCAGUAUCUGUUGGAGACAUGGUAAUGACAGAAUAUGUGUGUUUCGAUAAGACAGGGACGAUCACUACUGGAGAAUGUAGGAUUCAUGCUCUGAUAGUGGAAGAUACAAUGUAUAAGUUCAGUUACAACAAAAUGAAUAAAAAUUAAUGGAAUAUCUUUAAGGAAAACAUUCAAAACUAAAUCAAACAGGAUCCAAACUUUUAGAUGGAGGAGAUUGACGAGUCAGAUCCUGAGAUUUAAUCUAAAAAGAUUAGACAUACAGGAAUAUUCAAAUUGACUAUUCAACACAGGACUUCAAAGAAGAUACCCAGUUAUGAAUCAGGGAGACAAGACUUGGCUAGUAGUAAAAGUAUUGCAAAUCCAAUGGAUGACGGAGAUGGAGAAUUUGAGAAUAUGAAAUUGGAAGAUUUUGAUGACACUCAUUACAGAAUCACUCCUGAACUAUGUACUAAUAAACCAAAGCCAUUCUUCAAUAAGAAGGCCCUUGCUACUGCUCCUGUCUAAGUAGGUGCUAGUUAAGGGGGUUUGCACUAACUUCAAGAGGAUGAAAUGCUCAUCAAGUAAUCAUCUUAUAAGGAUGAGCAAAGAUCAUUUGAUAACAAAUCGAUAAUGAGUAGGAAGAUACUGGAGAAUUCAUCAAGAGAUAUGAAGAGAUAACAGAGCAUUAAAAAGUCUAUGCAAAUGGAUAAGGUUGCUGAGGAGGACUUGGAAGUGAUCUUUUCAAGAGAGAAUGAUUUCUAUAAGCAUCUUAUUCAUGGAUUGAAUAAGUUAUUGUAUUAGGAAGCCAUUUUGUCACUCCUUUUGUGUUAAGAGAUUGUUUCCAGAUACUCUCCAAGUGAAGAUCAUUUCAUGCAUGAUUCAACACAAUUUACAUUUGAUUAGGAACUCCUAAGAUUUGUCAGUCUGUUGGACAUUAAAUUUUUAUGUUGCAAUGAAUUCAAUGGUAAAGUGGUCUAUAUAAUCGAUUUCUUUGGUGAAGUGUUGGAAUUUCAGGUUAUGGCCAAUUAUCAUAAUGGCACACAGCAGGGAGUGUUAGUACUCUAUCCUGAUAAAUUGCAAGAGAAGUUUCUAUUGAUUAAUGAGAGUGAUCCAAUGGAAAGUUUACAAUACAUAUUUAUUAUGAGAGAAGAAACCAAUUCAUUGCCUGUCUACAUUGAUGUUGAUAAAGGAAGCAGGGAAUAUUGGGAUAAGGUAUUCCAGAAAUUACACAUGUGUGGAAUGAGAUCAGUAAUCUAUUCCAAAGUGUACUUAAAGGAGAAAGAUGCAAGUCUGUUUAUGUCUCGUUAUCAAGGAGAAGAAGGAAUGAAUGCUUUUAAUGAACUCUCCAAAGAUAUGCAGAUAAUCCAAGUUGUUGGUGUCAAGGAAUAGAUGCGAAAAGACACCAAACCUUUGAUUAAUCAAAUGAAACAGGCUGAUCUCAGUUUGUAUCUUUUGAGUGGAGAUGAAAUCAGCAGAGUAUUGCCAAUCGCUUUCAAAUCAAAAAUAGUCAAUCAUCAUGACACUCUGCUCUACUUAGACAACGAGAAUGCUAGAGUGGUGAUGAAGAACCAUCUUACCAUCAUCUCACAAUAACUUAAAUUGGAUGAACAGGCAUCGUCCAAACCCUUGAGAAUGAGCACUCUUGACAAGUAUCAUAAGACUUUCACUUAAGAGGAGAAGUAUACAACCUAUCCUGAUAUCAAAUCGUUUAGCAUUGUUUUGAGUGGUGAGUAUUUCAAUGACAUCCUCUCUGACAGUUACCUAUUGUCUCACUUUAUGUUUCUGCUUUAUUUUAGCAAUUCUUUGGUGGCUUAUAAACUUAAUUACAAUCAGAAGGCUAAGAUCAUCAAUAUCAUCUAGACUUCCUUUAUUGGCAACAAACGAGUUUUGGCUGUUGGCGACUCAUUUAAUGAUAUUCACAUGUUUUGUCAAGCCAAUAUUGGAGUGCAGUUUUGCCAUUUCCCUAUGUAGAAUCAGUCUUAUUAGAGGGGCAAUACAAAAUUAAAGUUAAACAGGAAAGUCACUUCUAAUAAAUUAUUGGAUAAUCCCUUAAAUCGUAAAUUCUUAUAAAAUGAAAUGUGGAUCAUACCCACUGCUGAUGUUUGUUUGAAGGAUUAUGUUAAUUUAAGUGCCUUAAUGUUUUUUGAGAGCAGAAUAUUUGCUGAAGUCUAUGAUGAUUUAUUAGUUUUCUCGUUUUAUAGAUCAUUACUUAUAAUUUAUAUAUUAUUUCUCUAUUAUGCAACCUAUUGUAGUUAGAACAACACUAUAUUUACAGGUACUUGGCUCACUGUAUAUUAAAGCAUCCUCUUAUUUAUUCAACAAUUGGUAAGUUUGAAAUCGAAAAUGCGAAGAUAAUAUGAUAAAGACUCAAUUACCUACAUAGAAUAAUUCAAGAACAACAUUAAGAUAUUCAAAAAGAAGAAGGUCGCCUCCUUCAUCCUCAAGAUCAACGGAAAUGCCUUAUUGGAUGCAGUCUUGCUCUACAUUUCCCUAAGAAUAUUGGACGACAUUCCCAUAGACACUUUCAAGCAAAUGCUCCUAAUCUUGUUGAUACUGAGCGAUAUCGUUAAGUUGAUUGUCUCUACUAAUUACAGCAAAUAUGCUUGGAUUGCCUUUAUUAGCACAUACUGUCUAUGCUGGCUCCUGAUGGCAAUUCUCACUGCAUACUUCGACAAUAUGGAUGGCUUUAUACUCAUGUUCACAUUGCCACAAACUUGGUUGGCUCUAUUUUCCUAUGUUUUUACACAAUACUGUUUUAGUAGUAUCAUUGAGAUGAUUCAAUCCCUCUUUUGUUAAUCCCUCAUUGAUAAAGAGCAAUACGAGGAGGUUUAGAAUUUCAUUGUGAAACCACCCAAAAACGGUGCCAAAAAGUAUCAUAAUUUGAUCAAAAGAUUCGCAUAACUGGCUGGAAAGGUGUUUAAAAAGAAUAAGGAUGAGAUGGAUAUUGCAAUAUAGGAUGUGAUAUGCGAACUAAAGGUGAAUUCUGAUAGGAUCAACAAACUGACCUUGAGAUUUCUAAACAAGGACACAGAGAUGAAGUUCAAAAGGAUGUCCAAAUUGAGGUGGAUCAAAUUCGAGAAACUCAAAUUAGGGUUAUAACUCAUUUUUUUGGAAGUCUUCGCUCUAAUCAUAUAUAUAUUAACCUACAAAACUGAUGUUUAAACCAGGACUUACUUCAUUAUAUACAUCCUAAGCAUAAGUUGCCAAUCCAUAUUACUAAUAACAAUAUUUUCAAGUAUCUACUUGAAACAUUUCUUUUAAAUCAAUUUAAUUAUAGCUUGCAUUAGACUCCUAACCAAAAUGGUGUCUGAUUUUGCAUAGGAUGGAACCUACGACAUCCUAUUGAGUCAAUCCUACAUAGUGAUCAUAAUCUUUUCGAAAUUGCACAUCCCAUUGCUUAAUUUUACCAUAGCUACCUUGUCCAUAGUAGGAUUCUUUAGAAAAUUCUUGGCUGGAAAGGAUUACUACCAGAUAAUCAACGGCAAUUUGAUAGUGCUGAUAACUCUAAUCCUAUUCAUAUCCUUGCAAUACAAAUUGAAUAUGCUGGAGAAGUAGGAUUUCAUGUUGACUGCAACACUCAAUCAGGAGACCACACAAAUGACCAAUGUGCUGUCCAUUCUAUUGCCUAAGUUCAUUCGAGAUAGGAUCAAUGCAAAGGGGAUGUAUGAGAUACAGGAGAAUCAAGGAGAAGUCUCCAUUCUAUUCUGUGACAUAUGUGGAUUUGAUGAUUUGAUUGCAGUUGAGAAGGAGAACGUUGUUAAUCUAUUGGAUAGUCUAUUCAGAGGAUUUGAUGCUUUGUGUGUUUCUAAUGGGAUGCAAAAGAUUGAGACUGUAGGAAAGACCUACAUGGCAGCUGGAGGAUUGAGAGCAGUGGAUCAAGGCACAAAAUUCAUCAACCAAAGCGCUGUGAAAAGAGCAGUUUAAUUAUCCCUUGAGAUGAUGGAAUAUUCCAAGAAAUUCAAGUUUGGCUAGACUGGCAAUAUUAGAAUUAAAAUUGGCAUUCAUUAUGGCAGAGUGAUUGCUGGAGUUAUUGGACACCACAAGCCUCAGUUCUCAUUAAUUGGUGACACUGUUAACACAACAAGCAGAGUGUGUUCCACUGGCUAAGAUGGAGAAGUCACCAUUUCUAAUGAAGCCUAUAUGGAAUUGAACAUGCCAGACUUAUAGUUUAAUUAGAGGAAAGUCAAUGCUAAGGGUAAAGGAGAAUUGAUUACGUGGUAAAUCAUCACUCAGAUUAAGAGAAAUACUGAUAAGAAAGAAAGGAAAAAGAAGGGACUUAUCCCCAAAUUCGAUUCAAGUUAAUAAGAUCAGUAAACAAUGAAUAGACUAGAUCCUGUUACUCCUAAGACUGAACAUCGUUAAUUAAGAGUACCAUCACAAUCAAGAUAAUUUGAUAUGCUGACGAGUAAUUCCAGUCAGCGAAUUGAAAAAUAACUAUCUUAAGAAAAUAAUUCAAAUAGUCAAAUAUUGUUGAAGGAUUCAUUAUAAAAGGAUUUGGUUCCCAUUCGAAAACGAGGACAACGAGGUCCUACUUUAAUUAUGAAACAACAAGAUAAUAGAUCUGCUUUGGCUCUGCAAUUACAACAUUCAGGCAGUUAGAAUGCGAUCCAAUAAACUAGUAAUAGGAAUCUUCCUCCGAUUGUGGUUUAUUAGGCUGAAGAAAGUGCCCAUUCAAACAACAAUUUCAGAGAAGAAUCAUUUCAUGAAAAAAAUCAAACAAACCUACUCCAUGAUCUAUCUUAAAAGCUCAGAAGAGAUUUAUACAUUGAAAUGAUAGAUGAGGCACCAGAUUAUGAAAUUGAAAUUGAGAAAAUCUAAUUUGAUGAGGAUGAGCAAUUUGUUAGUGAAGCACUUUAGUUAGAGAAAUCAAAAUUCUACCUCGAUUUUAAAGAUAGCCAAAAGGAAUUGGGUAAAGAAUUUAUGGAUUAAAAAGAAGGCAUUAACAUAGUGUUAAUACUGUUAUUGCACUUUAUUUAAUAUGUCUCCAAGACCUUUUCUCUACUUUUUAUGUAAAAUGAACCAAAUUGGCUUGCUGUCUUUGUGAUACGAUUUAUAGUCUCCACUCUUUUGUUAGUAUUAGCAAUACUACAAAACAAGAAAUUAAAACAUCGCUUUUACAAAUACGAAUAUUUCUUGACUACUUAUAUUGCAUUGUUGAUCAGCAUAAUAUUGGAAUUUAUUAUCCUAACUAAGAAAUCAGUCGAAUUGUAAGCAGCAGAAGGAAUCCUACUAAUAUGCUUCUUCUCUUCAAUACCAAACAUCUCAAUAAAAUUCAAAAUUUGCUUUAAUUUUUGUUUUUUUGUAGCUCAAUUGUUGAUCGUCUUAAUUAAAUACGAAGAUUUAUCUGUAGCCUAUUACACUGUGUUUUAAAGUUGCAUGACCUUCAUUAUUUAAUACCAUUUAUUCUUCUAGGAUUUAGGUACAUUUAAUAACAAAAGAUCCCUUGAAACAAAGAAAUUGCAAACUUAAAAUUUGGUCAAGUAUCUACUACCAUCUCAUAUACUGAAAUAGUUCCUAUCAAAUACAAAUUAAAGAAUGGUGCUGGUUGAUUAAUUCGAAGAUGCCACAUUAUUAUUCGCAGACAUAGCUGGAUUUACUGAAUAUUCCAGCAAAGUUGAACCUGAACAAGUCGUAAAUAUGCUUAGGAAUCUAUUCACUGAAUUUGAUAAGAAAUGUUUAACUUAGAAUGCUUAUAAAUUGUACACAAUUGGAGAUUGUUAUGUUGCCUUUGGUAUCGUUGAUGUAACCCAAAGAAACCCAGCUUAGGAAGCCAGAAAUGUUGUUGAAUUGGGAUUCCAAAUGAUCGAAACUAUUAGACAAGUGAGAGCCAUCAUAGGGUUUGAUGGAUUGGAUAUGAGAAUUGGAAUUCACACAGGCUGUGUAAUUGGAGGAAUAUUGGGUACUGAAAUAGUGAGAUAUGAUGUUUAUGGAGCAGACGUAAUGAUUUCGAAUAAGAUGGAAUCCAAUGGAGAACGUGGCAAAGUCCAAGUGUCAGAGGAAACUAAACAAUUACUUGAACAAAGUUUCCCUGAUCAAUUUCUAUUUACUUUCAAUAAAGAAGUUGAAUUUAAAUCGAUUAAUCGCAAAACUAAAGGUUACUUCAUUGAACCAGUUAGAAAUGAUAGCAAUGAUGACUUUGAAGAUGUUAAGAACCUAUAAUUAGUUAAAGAGAUGGAUUAAUUAGAUUACGAUAGGAAAUGA